ACACACACACACACACACACACACACACACACACACACACACACACACACACACACACACACACACACACAUAUAUAUAUAUAUAUAUAUUCAUAGAAAAAGCUUUAAACAAGAUAUGCUAAUAUGCUGUAUGGUGGAAAAAUUUCAUUGGACGCUUGCAAUAAUCAAACCAGGUAAUAAAACAAUUCACUCUAUGGACCCUAUGGGAGAACAGACAAAUUCCAUCAAAAAAGAAGAAGUGAAAUGGAAUUGUUACUUACAGCAAAGAUAUGGUGUUUCAGAAAAGUUUGAAAUAUUAACAUUACCACAUGCCAUACAAGCUGAAGGUAUAACAUUUGGAGUAUUCUGCCUUAAGUUUGCUGAAAGUUAUACAAAUGGAGAAGUAUUUGUGCGUGUCUUUCCACAUGAAGAAGUUAAUGCAUACAGAAAGAGAGAUAAAGGAGGUCAGAAGAGUUGGCAGAAUAGUUUGUGUCGCAUUUGUGGAAGUGAAAUUGGUCCAAAAACUAGAAAGAAUCAAAAAAAAAAUUAAAUGAAUCAAAUGUGAUAUAUGCAUUUAAAUCGAUGGUACUGUAUGAGAUGCAUUGUUUUUAGAAAUGAAACUUUAUUUUGUUGUGAACAUAUUUAUAUACAAAUGUAUUAAAUAUAUAUAUUAACUAAUAAAUGAAACUUUGA